GACCAGAUUGGCUGGCGCAAUGUGACCAGUCUGCUAGUUUUCACUUCAGAUGGCGCUUUCCACACUGCAGGGGAUGGAAAAUUGGGAGGGAUCCUUAUGCCCAAUGAUGGCCGCUGCCACCUGGAUGCCAAUGGUGUAUACAGCAAAAGUCACCUCUAUGUAGGUAAUGGGCAGUGCAGGUGUGGCCAGUGCCAAUGCCAGGCCAAUUACACUGGCAGCGCAUGUGAGUGCAGCCUGGAUACCAAUGGAUGCGACCAAGAGGGCAAGAUCUGCAAUGGGCAUGGCCAUUGUGCCUGCAACCGAUGCCAGUGUGAUGUUGGGUGGUUGGGCAGCCACUGUGCUGACCACCAGAUGCCCUGUGAAGUGCACAGGGAUUGUGCCGAGUGCAAAGCUUUUGGGACCGGACCGCUGAGUCAGAACUGUAGCAAUUCCUGCAGCCAAAUGGUGAGAAUGUUGGUGGCCCCUGUGGAUGAGAGAUGGUGCCAGAUGAAGGGAGGAGAUGGGCGUCUCCUCAUCUACCUCAUUGAGAAGGACAAGACGGGAAGCAUUCUCCUGACAGUGAAUGACCGAAAGG